AUGGCCUACCUGUCGCUCAUCAAUGACAAUGGGAAUUUAUUCUAUCUAUUGGUCCAUGCACCAGCCUUCCACAAGUCACUGCCUGGGGUCCCAAGCCGCUGCGAUGGAAAGGCCUACGCGUUCACCGGCGAUGUGGUUGCCAACACCAUCACCACUGUAGAAUUUCCACAGGAUGCCUUUAUGUCGCCAGGAACUGGAACAGAGGAAAACGUCGCAAAGGAUCUGGGGCGAGCUCUGGACAUUCUCCAGCUCAAUCCGGACGACUCCUCCAUUGGACCGUUCCAGGACACGGAUGCCAACAUCAAGCAAGCGAAGACCCGUCACUACAUCCCUCUGCCGCACCGCUAUGUGCAUCUGGUUCUGGGACGCCAAGUUCCAGUUCGGAAGGGUUUCAUCGACUUGGCAGCAGCCAUAAAAAACACUGGAGACAAAAUUGAGGACUUGGUGAAGAAAGUGAAGGCGGUGAAACUCGGUGGCAACGAGACUGACGACCUUGAAGAAGAAAUUCACCCUUUCUCUAUCCUCCUGCCGUCCUAUGGAGGCUCCCAUGUGGGAGUUACCAAGGCGGCCCGAGAAAGGGCAGCAGCUUACGCAGAAGUCCACGGGGGAUCGGGGGCCUCUCUACAAUACGCCAUCGCCUUGAGAAAGCCUACUGUCCACAUCCCGGAGACCUUCUCCAAGACACGAAGUCAUCUUAUGGGCCUACUAACCUUGUGGCAAAUCCGACAGCGCUCCGACAGCUGGAUUGCUGCGCUUCCUGCCAACUACUGGAGCUCACCAGCGGCCCAAUUACCUACAGCUCCAUGGAACGGGGGAUACCUGCCCUACAUGAUGCCCCCAGGCAUGGUCCCAAUGUCUUCUGACAGCUCCGGUGCCUCCAGUCUCACACCUCAUUCCUUGGGGUAUCCUCCAUUCUUCAAUGGCUUCUUUCCACCACAGGGUGGAGGAAUUAAGCCAGGCGAGGAUGACCCGAAAUCCAAGGGAAAGAACAGCCUCCAAGUGAAGAACUCCACACAUGUUCCAGAGCUCAUCCAGUUCCGGAAAUUGGCCCUUGCCACCGCUGUCCCCAAGGCCGAGCAGAAAGCUGGAUCUCCGCCGCCUGAGAUCACCCACAAUGGCACCAAGGUGCAAAUGUGUGUCGGUUAUCACGUCAAGGGAAAAUGCUGGGAAAAGUGUCCUCGAGCGGCCGACCAUGUGGCCCACUCCGCACAAGACACAGCAAAGCUUGUCGAGUGGUGCAAGAAAGCUUACGCUGAAGAAUGA